UCUUCUGCUCCUAAGUCUAGAGUGCACGCAUAUGGUCGCAGCCCAGUUCCCUCACCUCGAGGAUCAAAACUAGCGGGAGUAAGUAUCAUGCAAUUGCUCACGAGGCCCAGCCAGCACUUUGAUAAUGUUCUGUUGUCUGAUUUAAAGCAGUAACUGUUAACGUGGACUCUCGCCCGAGGCCAUUAGCAAAGCGGGAAACCUUCAGGCUCCAGGGGAGUAAGCACAGUACGAGAAGUAGAACUCGGACUUCUACUGCUCAGGUCAGCUCUGUACAGCUGAAGGGUUUGAAGCUGCAAGCCCUGGAUGCGGAUUAACAGGCAUUAGGUAUCCGUUUGCUGCGCAUGCUCGACGCUUUCGUCGUUACAUGCCACAAGCAAAUGAUCCCAUGGACAGACCUCGGUCGAGUCAGGUGCAACAAUGCGCAUGCCAGCUUUGUGCAUGCUAUCACUGCUCACUUCGAAGCGGACCGUCAGUUGACAUGUGGGAUGGGGAUGAAUAAAGUCCAAAUAGGCAAUGGGCGUACUCCGACAGUGUUCACGCCCUGGACAAGUCAUGCUCCUCUGGAAGCUACAUCCUUCGUGGCCGAGUCCGGGACUUACUCGCAGCCAACGUACGCUCAUGGAGGGGCAGGAGAUUCGUGGCCUUCUUUCACCUUCUCCCCUGAGCAGAUUGAUUAUCGACAGGCACCAGUAUCCGUCCCAGAAUCUUCACCCUCCACUCCUCCGCUCCUGUAUGAUACGGUCACCCUUGGACCGAUCAUUGACUGCUCCGGAGUGGCUGAUCUGAUUUUGGACAAAGGUUCUACGCCAUUUUUCAAGGACAAAGAGAAGGAGACCACGCCGUCUGCUCGCAUUAUUUUGCCUGCAGCAGCUGCUUCUGUGACGGGUAACGCUACAGCCAUACCUCCGAAACUGCAGCUCGGUCCUGUUGCUACGCAGAAUCACGCGAGCGUGGCCACAGAUUGCCAGCGCCUGCUGCAAUUGGGGAAAGACGAUCAGGUGAAGAAAUCAGAUUUAUUAUCUGCCGGUGCGAAUUGGGAGUUCUCCGAGAGAGUUCCGCCCGACCCGAAUCGGAACCAAGCUAGCACUCUCGAUAAAGAGGCUAAAUCAAAAGCUUCUACUGAGCAGAGGAAGAUCGCAACGAUGCAUGAAGGAUACCUUAAAAACUACAAGAAGGAUCGACUUCCGAACGUGGUUACCUUACAGAAGUCUGAUCACAUGCGGCGAGAACGAGACCGAAGGAUAGCCCUGAAACUCAUGUACAAAACCCUCGACUCCAUGAUACCGAAACCAUCAAAAAAGUCGAAACGGGACAGGACGGCUAUUGUGGACGACGCACUGAAAUACGUUAAAGGGAUGCAGGAAAAGCUCGAGAAGUUUCGAUUAAAAGGCAUUGGAGUGAAGAAAAUUUCAACCAUAUCAAACAGACUGCUGGAACCUGAGCACGAAAACUUGCUGGCUUGUAGCCCUGCCGAGCUGCCCAGUCGCUUGGGAAAGCUGACAGCUGCCACAGGCGCCGCCCGUGAACAAGGAACAGAGAUUUCAGUUAUUACAAGCCAUGACGAACGUUUGGGAUCGGAUUCUUCUUUGCUUAUGGAGCCACAGGUCCAGGUAUUCAUCGGUUGUGGUAACGAUGUACUGAUCAGUUUUAGUUGUAAACCUCGAGGUAACUUGAUAAGCUGCGUUCUGCAAGCCUUGGAAAUGUUUUGCUUGGAGGUAAAGCAAUACACCUUUUCUAAGAUCCUUAAGGAACUCGUCCACUGCAACUUCAUGACAAAGAGCUGAGGUCUACAACAAAACCAACUUUCGCUUCGUUGUAACGAUUGGCUAGCUUUUGAGCAUGUAUCCUCCGCCAGGAAGGUUAUAGCGGCUGUCUUUGCAGCUCCAGUCACAAUAAGGCGUCUGGUGACACUCCUAGCGGGCAAAUGAUAGAAGACGUUCUGAAGUCUCUACUGAAGUAGGUGUCGAAAACGAGGACUUUGUGUACAAUACUAUGCAUGCAUCAAUAAGCAAUUGCCACUGUUUGUGAUUCGACUGGUCAGCUUGAACGUUUAAAAACACAAAACUGAUAGCUUAUUUUUGUUUGGAUUUGCUCGAGCCAUGCUGAAUCUUUUCAACAGUAUUUCACGAUGGAAGAGAUUAAAUCCAGAAGUUUUCCUUGACUAUGAAAUCGACUCGAUUUUCUCGAACAUGGUUCUAGAAAACGGUUUCGUGGUUCAUGGCUAGCUUUGGAUGACUUUAUAGAAUUCGGUAUGUAGAUGAGCAGUUUUUGAGGAUUUGUUUUCUAUAACACAUGCUUAAUGCUAGGCCUCCAUUAACAUCAAUGUAAUGGCCACGAAGCAACUAUUGCUAGUCGACCCUGUACUGAAAAGGUUCGAUGAAGUGUCCAAAGGUUAUGAGACUCAGCUCCUUGUAGAGGCUGAUUGAGGAGAAGCUAAUGUAUGACGCCGUUGGAACUAUCGAAUAAUUUUGUAUUAAAAGUUUGACAUCAUGCUUGUUCAUA